AUGGACAGCAGGGCACGGAGCUCUUCCAGAGAGUCCCACGGGAGAGGUGGCAGGUCCUCUUCUAAGGAUGACAAAAAGGCAAAGGCCGGGAGGGGCAGCAGAGGCCGCUCACGCCCGGAUGCUGGGGCAGAGCGGCAGAGCGCCCGGCAGACAGGGACCCGAGGGGAGCCCCGAGCUCCUGCCGCCACCGUAGUGGACGUGGACGAGGUUCGGGGCCCCGGUGAGGAGGGCACAGAAGUGGUGGCGCUGCUGGAGAGCGAGAGACCAGAGGAAGGGAUCAAGCCCUCUGGAUUAGGGGCCUGCGAGUGGCUUCUUGUCCUGGCCUCCCUGAUCUUCGUCAUCAUCACGUUCCCCUUUUCCAUCUGGUUCUGCAUAAAGGUUGUGCAAGAGUAUGAAAGAGUAAUUAUAUUCCGACUGGGACAUCUGCUUCCUGGACGAGCCAAAGGUCCUGGCCUGUUCUUUUUUUUACCCUGCCUGGACACCUAUCACAAGGUUGACCUCCGUCUCCAGACCUUGGAAAUACCUUUCCAUGAGGUGGUAACCAAAGAUAUGUUUAUAAUGGAGAUAGACGCUGUCUGCUACUACCGCAUGGAAAACGCCUCUCUUCUUCUAAGCAGUCUAGCCCAUGCAUCCAAAGCUAUCCAGUUCCUGGUGCAAACCACCAUGAAGCGCCUCUUGGCACAUCGAUCCCUCACUGAAAUUCUCCUGGAAAGGAAGAGCAUUGCCCAAGAUGUAAAGGUUGCCUUGGACUCAGUGACCUGCAUUUGGGGCAUCAAAGUGGAGAGAACUGAAAUUAAGGAUGUGAGGCUGCCGGCUGGGCUUCAGCACUCUCUGGCUGUGGAAGCUGAGGCACAAAGACAGGCCAAAGUGCGGGUGAUUGCUGCAGAAGGGGAAAAGGCUGCUUCUGAGUCCCUGAGGAUGGCGGCUGAGAUCCUGUCCGGCACCCCAGCUGCUGUCCAGCUUCGGUACCUGCACACUCUUCAGUCGCUGUCCACAGAGAAGCCGUCCACCGUGGUUUUGCCUUUGCCAUUUGACAUGCUAAGCCUUUUGUCCUCUCCCAGCAACAGAGCACAAGGAAGCAUCAGUUACCCAAAUUCUUCCAAACCUGUUGAGCCACUAAAUCCCAAAAAGAAGGACUCUCCUAUGUUAUAG